AUGAGUGACCUUAAUCAAUCCAAAAAGAUGAAUGUCACCGAGUUUGCUGACGCUCAAAGGAGCCACUACACAGUAUACCCCAGUCUGCCCAAAAGUAACAAAAGUGACAAACACAUUCCCUUUGUCAAACUACUAUCAGGCAAAGAAUCAGAAGUAAACGUGGAAAAACGAUGGGAGUUGUAUCACCAAUUACAUUCGCAUUUCCAUGUUCAAGUAGAUCAUAUUAUUGAUAAUAUUGAAACAGAUUUGAAAGCUGAGAUUUCAGACCUUUUAUAUUGCGAAAAUACUCAGAAAAGGCGAUGCUUUAACACUAUUUUUCUAUUAGGUUCUGAUAGUACGACGAAAAUCGAACUCAAAGACGAAUCCUCUCGCUACAACGCUUUGAUUGAAUUGACUCCAAAAGAAUCUCCAAAUGUGAGAAUGAUGCUUCGUAGGUCUAUGUAUAAGCUUUAUAGCGCAGCUGAUGCUGAGCAACAUCCCACUAUCAAGUAUGAAGACACUAAUGAUGAAGAUGGCGAUCUUGGCGAGCAAAACAAUGAUGUCUCGUACGAUCUUUCCCUUGUGGAGAACUUCAAAAGGCUUUUUGGGAAGGACUUAGCGAUGGUGUUUAAUUUUAAAGAUGUAGAUUCUAUUAACUUUAACACGUUGGACAACUUCAUAAUUCUAUUGAAAAGCGCCUUCAAGUAUGACCAUGUCAGGAUAAGUUUAAUAUUCAAUAUCAAUACAAAUUUGUCAAAUAUCGAGAAAAAUUUGAGACAAUCAACGAUACGACUUUUGAAGAGAAAUUAUCAUAAACUGGACGUGUCAAGUAAUAAAGGGUUUAAAUACGGAAAUCAAAUCUUUCAAAGCUUUUUGGAUACCGUUGAUGGCAAAUUAAAUCUUUCGGAUCGUUUUGUGGAAUUCAUUCUCAGCAAGAUGGCAAAUAAUACUAAUCACAACCUACAAUUAUUAACAAAGAUGCUGGAUUAUUCAUUGAUGUCAUACUUUUUCCAGAAUGCCUUUUCAGUAUUUAUUGAUCCUGUAAAUGUUGAUUUUUUGAACGAUGACUAUUUAAAAAUACUGAGCAGAUGCCCUACCUUCAUGUUCUUUGUAGAAGGUCUUAUAAAGCAACGGGCUCCUGCUGACGAAAUUCUUUCGUUACUGACCAAUAGAAAUAGAGGUCUAGAAGAGUUCUUUGUCGAGUUUUUGGUAAGGGAGAACCCGAUUAACGGGCAUGCUAAGUUUGUUGCUCUGUUUCUCGAAGACGAGUUGCAUAUAACCAAUUUUAAUUUAAUAGAAUUAUAUCACAAUUUACUUAUUGGCAAACUAGACUCCUAUCUAGAUCGUUGGCCAGCAUGUAAAGAGCAUAAGGAUCGACUUCAUUUUGAACCCAUUGAUACAAUUUUUCAAGAAUUGUUUACUCUGGACAACAGAAGCGGAUUACUUACCCAGUCAAUUUUUCCCUCAUACAAGUCAAAUAUCGAAGAUAACCUACUAAGUUGGGAGCAGGUACUGCCUUCUCUUCAUAAAGAAAAUUAUGACACUCUUCCUGGGGAUUUGGAUAAAAUCAUGGCCCCGGUACUGGGCCAACUAUUCAAGCUUUAUCGUGAGGCGAACAUGACUAUUAAUAUUUACGAUUUCUACGUUGCAUUCAGAGAAACUUUGCCAAAAGAAGAAAUAUUGAAUUUCAUAAAACAAGAUCCUUCCAACACCAAACUCUUGGAGCUAGCAGAGGCUCCGGACGCAUUUGGCAAAGUAGCACUAAUUUUAUUCAUGCAAGCAAUCUUCGCCUUUGAAAAUAUGGGUCUCAUUAAAUUUCAAAGUGCCAAGAAUUAUGACCUAGUAGAAAAAUGUGUCUGGAGAGGAAUCUAG